AUGUAUCAAGAGGUGCAAUCGUGCUAUGGUGAUAUCGCCAAACGCUCGAUUGCUACAGAUACCCAACAUGACAGCGAAGAAAAAAUUGCCAUGGCUUUUGGCUACAACGCGGAGGAUCUCUGUUCUCUUCCGGAAAAGGCAAAUAUGGGCUUAAGCUGCGGCAAUCCAGUUGCGCAUGCAAACAUGAAGGAGGGUGAGACGAUUCUCGAUCUCGGUAGUGGGGGUGGUAUCGAUGUUUUUCUGGCUGCUCGUAAGGUAGGACCAGAAGGGAAGGCUAUUGGAAUCGACAUGACAAAGGAUAUGAUCAAACUUGCAAAUCAGAAUGCCAAAUCCACCGGGCUGUCCAAUACCUUGUUUAUCGAAGCUUCCAUCACCUCUAUUCCGCUUCCGGAUUCUAGCAUUGAUUGUAUUAUCAGCAACUGUGUCAUCAACCUUGUUCCAAGCAAUGAUAAGGCUUCCGUUUUUCAGGAGAUUGCCCGUUUGUUGAAGCCUGGUGGAAGAGUCGCUAUCAGUGAUAUCCUGGCAAAGGAGGAGCUCCCACAACAUAUCGUUGACGAUAUAGCACUCUAUGUUGGAUGCAUUGCAGGUGCCAGUCAGGUUGUGCAGUAUGAGGAAUAUCUGCAACACGCCGGAUUCAAAGACGUUUUGAUUGUCGAUGCGAAAUCAGAUCUCAACCUUUAUAAACAAUCCACCUACCUGGGUCAAGGUAGUUGCUGUGGAACUACAUGUUCUUCCAAGGAGCCGAAAGCCAACUUUUCUGAAAUCGAUUUCAAUGAGUGGGUUGGUUCUUUUCAAAUUUAUGCAGUCAAGACCGGCGGCAGCAGUAUUUAG